AUGACAGGCAAUCCCGAAUCAUCCGUUCGGCGCGCGUGCGAGAGCUGCCGGCGGAAGAAGACGAGAUGUACUGGGGAACGACCUGUGUGCUCUUUUUGUGAGAGGCUGAAUCAGCCUUGUGAAUAUCUACCGAGGAAUCGAGAGACUGUGAAGCGAAGAAGGAGGACUUCCCGAGCACAACCGGGAUCGAGGGAUCGUGUUUCGAGUGUUGAGAAUCGGGGCGAUGAGAUAUACGAGCUUACCCACCAUCCUCAAGCUGCCUCAUCAAGCAAUGGCUCAGCCUUGACUCCGGACUCCCUCCCGAGGCAUACAAACAGGUCCGGAUCUUUCGUCGAAAGCGCUUCAAGACGAUUGAACAGGGUGAGCAUUAACGAUGAAGUCUCAGUGUCUUGGCUCCCUUCAGCAACAGAGGCAAGGCCAUCGCCAGAUUCACUCGACCAUGCCGUAGAAGAAUACCGAAGACGGUUAUACUUCCAACCACUGCCUCUCUUCGAUCCAGAAGGGCUGAGAGAUCGGAUCGAGAGAUUCCCCAUGUUUCUUCAGUGGAACUUCUUAGCACUUGCGCUGUCCAAUCUCCCCUAUGAUUCGAGCAGUGCGAAGGAAGCUGACUUGAUUCACUCUCAUGCAAGGUCUGCGCGAGAUAUGGUGCUCGAACUCGCCAUGCGAGGAACAGCCCAGUUGGAAAUCUCACAAGCUCUAUGUCUCCUUGCUCUGGGUGACAUCCUCGAGGGAAGACCAGCAUUGGCUUUAAUGACAAUAGGAGCAGCCAGUAGACUCGAACUCGUCCGCGGAGCAGGUUACUCUGAGUCCCCCCACAAUCCCCAAGGCGACGCCAGCCUCAGAUGUUACUGGAGUGUCUUCAUCCUCGAAAAAGGCUUCGCUCCUCGUUUCACUCUCCUCUCUCAAACACACACCAAACCAGACUAUCCUCGCAGCGCAAGAGAGCCCUCACCACCAGCAUAUCUAGGCGAUGAAGAAUACGCGCCAGAUCUAGAAAGUAUUCGCGACGAUUUGAGAACAGACCCCGGGAUAACAUCACAUGCUGUACGCGCUGUAUCGUUCUGCGGCGACGUUAUCUCGUAUCUUCACGCGCUGCAUAUCGGAAAGGCUGAUAACCCUGCUGAUACAAAUUCCAAUUUUUACCAAUUGACGAAUACACUAUAUGAUCUCGAGUCUAGACUCGGUCAUGUACAUUUCGUUCGCAACGUGGGCUUUUCGGAACGAACACCAGAGGAAUUCGAAAGACAUCGAGAGUACUGGGCCCCAUGGCUCCUCUUCCAAAUCACAGCGCACGCAACACAAGGGUUAUUGAAUCAUCCAUUCAUCCAUCUUGUUACCCUUCGAAGAGCGAAUCGCCCUUCCCAACCGAGAUUAUUCCUCCAGCAAACUGUCGACCAAGCUAUGUUUCACUCAGCUUGGGUAGCGCGCUUAGUCCAAACAUGUAUAGAUCGUGGAUUAAUGGUGUAUGACCCAUUAAUAGGCGACUUAGUCGCUGCGACGGCGACAAUACCGUGGCUUUUCCAGUAUGCGAGGGACGCGAAAGUCUCAGAAACGUCAAAGGAGAAUUAUAGAAAAUGCAUCGAGUUUCUAGAGUCGAUGCCUGAUCCUUCGCCAAGAAGCAUACACAAGCGAGAACUCUUACAUCAGUUGCAAACAAUGUCGAGUCAAGCACAGGAUAACAACAUGAUUAGUUUUCAGCCCUCCAAGAUCUGGCAACUCAUCGACUCGGAUAUCAUGGACGCUGUGGCACCACAGCCUACGACUGAUGGUACACAGGGCGGUCAAUCUGAUGCUUCGAAAACAACUGUUAGUGUGCAAACGACUUUUGUUCACCCUGUCGGUGAAAGACGAACGGACCAACGACAGACUUCGCUGGGCGAUUCGAUGACUGCUGAUAUUUACGAAGGUUUGGAGCAGUAUUCUCUCGAUAGUAUAUUCUCGCAGCCAAUGUUUAUCGACCAUGCAUGGCUGCAUGUAUAA